GCCGGCAGAAUGAAUUCGGAAAGAGACUCGGAGACAACCUUCGAGGAGGAUUCGCAGCCCAACGACGAGGUGGUUCCGUACAGUGACGAUGAGACCGAAGAUGAGCUCGAAGACCAGGGCCCCACCGUUGAACCUGAACAGAAUCGAGUCAACAGAGAAGCAGAGGAGAACCGGGAGCCAUUCAGAAAAGACUGUAUAUGGCAAGUCAAAGCAAACGAUCGCAGCUUCCACGAACAGCCCCAUUUCAUGAACACCAAGUUCUUCUGUAUCAAGGAGAGCAAAUACGCGACCAAUGCAAUUAAAACGUACAAGUACAACGCGAUCACCUUCCUGCCUAUGAAUCUGUUUGAGCAGUUUAAGAGAGCAGCCAAUUUCUAUUUCCUGAUCCUGCUGAUCUUACAGGCAAUUCCUCAAAUCAGCACGCUGGCCUGGUAUACCACCUUUGUGCCUCUGCUCCUGGUACUGGGCAUCACCGCCAUCAAAGACCUGGUGGACGAUGUGGCUCGCCAUAAGAUGGAUAAAGAAGUAAACAACAGGACGUGUGAGGUCAUCAAGGACGGCAGGUUCAAAGUUGCCAAGUGGAAGGAGGUUCAAGUGGGGGAUGUCAUUCGGCUAAAGAAAAAUGAUUUCAUUCCAGCUGACAUCCUGCUGCUGUCCAGCUCCGAACCUAACAGCCUCUGCUACGUCGAAACGGCUGAGCUCGAUGGAGAAACCAAUUUAAAAUUCAAAAUGGCACUCGAGAUAACAGACCAAUACCUGCAGAGGGAAAGCGCACUGGCCGCAUUUGAUGGUUUCAUUGAGUGCGAAGAACCCAAUAACCGGCUGGAUAAGUUUACUGGCACCCUCUUCUGGAGAAACACCAGCUUCCCCUUGGACGCCGAUAAAGUCUUGCUGCGGGGCUGUGUCAUCAGGAACACGGAUGUGUGCCACGGGCUGGUCAUCUUUGCAGGUGCCGACACGAAAAUCAUGAAGAAUAGUGGGAAAACCCGGUUCAAAAGGACUAAAAUCGACUACUUGAUGAACUAUAUGGUCUACACGAUCAUUGUUGUUCUAAUCCUGCUUUCGGCCGGCCUGGCCAUCGGCCACGCUUACUGGGAAGCCCAAGUUGGCAAUUACUCUUGGUACCUCUAUGAUGGCGAAGACUACCUGCCCUCCUACCGCGGGUUCCUCACUUUCUGGGGCUACAUCAUCAUUCUUAACACCAUGGUGCCCAUCUCUCUCUAUGUCAGCGUGGAAGUGAUCCGGCUCAUGCAGAGCUACUUCAUCAACUGGGACCUGCAGAUGUACUACCCCGAGAAGGACACGCCCGCCAAGGCCCGGACCACCACGCUGAACGAGCAGCUGGGACAGAUCCACUACAUCUUCUCGGACAAGACGGGGACGCUGACGCAGAAUGUCAUGACCUUUAAAAAGUGCUGCAUCAACGGGCAGAUCUACGGAGACCACCGGGACCCUUCUCAACAUAAUCACAACAAAAUAGAGCCCGUGGAUUUCAGCUGGAAUACACUUGCUGAUGGGAAGCUUGCCUUUUAUGACCAUUAUCUAAUCGAGCAAAUCCAGUCGGGGAAGGAGUCAGAAGUGCACCAGUUCUUUUUUGUGCUUGCGAUUUGCCACACAGUCAUGGUGGAGAAACAUGAUGGCCAGCUCAACUACCAGGCAGCCUCCCCCGACGAAGGCGCGCUGGUGAAUGCCGCCAGGAACUUCGGCUUCGCCUUCCUCGCGAGGACCCAGAACACCAUCACCAUCAGUGAGAUGGGGACUGAGAGGACCUACACCGUGCUGGCCAUCUUAGACUUCAACAGUGACCGGAAGCGGAUGUCAAUCAUUGUGAGGACCCCAGAAGGCAACAUCAGGCUCUACUGUAAAGGGGCCGACACUGUGAUUUAUGAAAGGCUGCAUCCGAUGAACCCUACCAAGCAAGAGACGCAGGAUGCCCUGGAUGUCUUUGCAAGUGAGACUCUUAGGACCCUGUGCCUUUGCUACAAGGAUAUUGAAGAAAAAGAAUUUACAGAAUGGAAUAAAAAGUUCACAGCCGCCAGCAUAACCACAACCAACCGGGAUGAAGCUCUCGACAGAGUGUACGAGGAGAUUGAAAAAGACUUAAUUCUCCUGGGAGCUACGGCGAUUGAGGACAAGCUUCAGGACGGAGUUCCAGAAACCAUUUCUAAGCUGGCGAAAGCAGACAUUAAGAUCUGGGUACUCACUGGAGACAAGAAGGAAACGGCUGAAAACAUCGGGUUUGCUUGCGAACUUCUGACUGAAGACACGACGAUCUGCUAUGGGGAAGACAUCAAUUCCCUUCUGCACACAAGGAUGGAAAACCAGAGGAACAGAGGUGGAGUCUACGCAAAAUUUGCACCCCCAGUGCACGAACCCUUCUUCCCUUCUGGCGGAAACCGGGCUUUGAUCAUCACUGGUUCUUGGCUGAAUGAAAUUCUUCUAGAGAAAAAGACCAAGAGAAGCAAGAUUCUGAAACUGAAAUUCCCCAGGACGGAGGAGGAGCGGCGGAUGCGGACGCAGAGCAAACGGCGGCUGGAGGCGAAGAAGGAGCAGCGGCAGAAGAACUUCGUGGACCUGGCCUGUGAGUGCAGCGCCGUCAUCUGCUGCCGGGUCACGCCCAAGCAGAAGGCCAUGGUGGUGGACCUGGUGAAGAGGUACAAGAAGGCCAUCACGCUGGCCAUCGGAGAUGGGGCCAACGAUGUCAACAUGAUCAAAACUGCCCACAUCGGCGUUGGCAUCAGCGGACAAGAAGGCAUGCAGGCCGUGAUGUCCAGUGACUUCUCCUUCGCUCAGUUCAGAUACCUGCAGAGGUUGUUGUUGGUGCACGGCCGGUGGUCUUACAUCAGGAUGUGCAAGUUCCUACGAUACUUCUUCUACAAGAACUUUGCCUUUACCUUGGUUCACUUCUGGUACUCCUUCUUCAACGGGUACUCUGCACAGACAGCGUAUGAGGACUGGUUCAUCACCCUCUACAAUGUGCUGUACUCCAGCCUGCCCGUCCUCCUCAUGGGCCUGCUGGACCAGGAUGUGAGUGACAAACUGAGCCUCCGAUUCCCUGGUCUGUACGUUGUGGGACAAAGAGACUUACUAUUUAACUACAAGAGGUUCUUCGUCAGCUUGUUGCAUGGGGUCCUAACAUCCAUGAUCCUCUUCUUCAUCCCUCUCGGAGCUUUCCUGCAGACCAUGGGCCAGGACGGGGAGGCCCCUUCGGACUACCAGUCCUUUGCUGUCACAGUGGCCUCUGCUCUUAUCAUAACCGUGAAUUUCCAGAUUGGCCUGGACACUUCUUACUGGACUUUCGUGAAUGCUUUUUCCAUCUUUGGAAGCAUUGCGCUUUAUUUUGGCAUCAUGUUCGACUUUCAUAGUGCUGGGAUUCAUGUGCUCUUUCCGUCUGCAUUUCAAUUUACAGGCACUGCUGCAAAUGCCCUCAGGCAGCCCUAUCUCUGGUUGACCAUCAUCCUGACUGUUGCUGUGUCCUUACUGCCCGUCAUUGCCAUUCGCUUCUUGUCAAUGACCAUCUGGCCAUCAGAAAGUGAUAAGAUUCAGAAGCGCCGCAAGCGGUUGAAGGCGGAGGAGCAGUGGAAGCGGCGAGAGAACGUGUUCCGCCGGGGCGUGUCGUCGCGGCGCUCGGCCUACGCCUUCUCGCACCAGCGCGGCUACGCGGACCUCAUCUCGUCGGGGCGCAGCAUCCGCAAGAAGCGGGCCCCGCUGGACGCCAUCGUGCAGGACGGGACGGCGGAGUACCGGCGAACUGUGGAGAGCUGAGGGGCCGCCGCGCCCCUUGUAAAGACACGGCGACACAGAGCAGAUGUAUAUUUUUUUAUACAAGACUCAGGAUUAUUAUUAUUUUUUUUAAUUGAAUUUGCCCUCAGAAUUUGCCCACUACUUGGACUGAACUAGGAAGCUUUAGCAAAGCCAAGGAAAACAUUUCUGGAAAGUUAUCUGACUGUGUAUGUUCCUUCCGAUCUAAAAGGAAUGUCCUAGACUUCCUCUUCCUUUUCCAUCCAGCAGGGUUGCAGGAUCAUGGUAGGACCCUUCCUGUCUGUGACCUGCGGUAUACAUUUCUGGGAGGCCCCCUUUUCCCCGUAUAUACCAUCUUGCUCACUGUUUCCUUCUGAGAGGGCGAAGGAGGGAAGAUCCCAGGAUGGUGCUCACCUGCAAGCUAAGCAGCUCUGCAAAGUUAGGUGGGGUCAGUCAAGAAGUUACGUCGGCUGGUCAUGGUUAGGCUUGCUCCAUUUCUGGCCACUACCUGGGUGUGAGAGUUCACAUUCCAUCGCCCCUUAUUGCCAGGUAUUAUUUGAGCAACUUCCUAUAGUACCUGUACUGGCAAAGGAUUUUUUUCCCUACUCUCUUACACACACACACACACACACACACACACACACACACACUGAAAUAUUUAGGGACUAUUAAAACAACUGUUAUUGUUUUUUAAAAAAACAAGCAGUUAUUUGUGAUGAAUUGUAGAAUCUUUUGCAAAGCUUUCUUUUGGAAAGCACACAUCUGGACCUGGUCUAGAUGUCGAGUGUUUUAUAAGGGAAUGAAAAAAACCAAGACCUCGCUCUGUUUCCACUUGACUCCUGCUUUGUAGAGAGCAGGUUGCUGGUAGACACAUGUCGGAGAGCAGGCAACUGUCUUGUAUCCUUCUAGAGCAGAAGAGGAACCCUAGGUAACUAUGGAAACCAGCCUCCAAGAGGUGACCAUUUUCCCGAGACUUUUCUCAUCCUACCUUGUGCACACAGGAACCUGACGGAGAAGGUGUCCAUGUGUUUUCAGUAACUGCGCUCUUUCCCCCUGGGCUGUGGGUGCUCCUCCGACCGCUGUCCGUCCGUCCGUCCCUUUGAAUUCCUUUGAGGAAAUCACAAGAUGUACAUAGUUCAUUUUUUUAGGACUGAUAAAAGAAUGCAUGCCUCUUUAGUCCGUGAACAAUGAAUUCUGAAAGUUUACAGUUUUUCUCAUGCAUUCAGAUGAUCGUGCGUCUCUUCGUCUCUCUGCUGCGUGAAGGUAAGCUAGCUCGAGCCCUGCCGGUUCCAGGUUUCCCUCCUGAUCUGCUGGAGGUGGGGAAGGCUGACAACGCAAAUGUGUCAAAGACUCAAAAUGUUGGGUGCAAUAGUAACUGUUGUAAAAUGCAAAAUCGCUUUGGAUAAAUUAUUUCUAUAUUCUGUAAAUCUGAGAUCGAAUUUCUAUUUUUGUUUAAAAAAAUAAAUGCUUUAGUAAAAUCUUG